AUGCUAUCCAAGCUUGCUAGCUUGACCGGAGUGACAGCUCGGCGUCAAGUGCGCUCACUGAGCUCAUUUGAGAGUCUAGGGGUGGCGACCAACAUGAUGAAGGAUGGCUUGAAGCUGUUCCGUCACAAGAAGUUCGAAGUGGCGGUGAUUCUGCCGGACAAGACGAGAGCCCUGAGCCAACAUGAUCCCCGGGGCAUUUUCUUGAACCAGGCUAUCAAGGAUCUCCUGCAGAAAUCAGGCAUCGUUGACAACAGUCAGCUCAGCAUGUAUUAUUUCUGCGGACCGAACGGCUCCAAGGUACACCUUCUGACUGACAGAUGCUGGGGAACUUUCUUUGAGAAGUUGACCUCCGGUCGCCAGUAUGAGCUUCACAUUGACCUCGUGGACCCCAGACCGCCCGUGUUAGCCGCCAGCCAAGAUCCACUGGCAAGCCAAGCUCAACUUCAAAACAGGCCGUCAUCGCUGUCGGAGGUGAUGAAGGGCAUCAAGUCAGAGUUGUCCGCGCUGUAUCAUGAUACAUGGAAGCGCCUGAUCGCUAGUAGCGAUGCAGAUGAAACGGCAUUGGAGACGGUGCAAGAGAAGCUCGAGGGCUAUGGGUACUUCGAUUUCACGGACGAUCUGACCAAGCUUGUGGAGAAGCGCGGUGUUUCGAAGAAGAACUGGCAUGAGAUGGUUGAUGCGUGGGUCGAGGCAGGUCUGCCCCCCAGCAAGGCAAGCGAGUUCAAGUUGGCAGCCGAAACCGAGGAGGGCGACUCCUGUAGCGAGAUGUUCGAGAAGACAACAAGUCAUGACGGUGUCCAUGUGCGAAAAUUGCAUUAUCUCAGAAUCCAAGUCUUGCAGCGCGUUGAUGGUUUGCUUGACAUUCUCUUUGCCGUGCACAUUGCCACCGCCUACCUUGACAUGACAGCUCCAAAUUUCAAGAAGGCUACAGGUCCAGUAGCAAACAACUACUUCAAAAAGUAUAUGCGCUUGUCUUCCGCUUCUUCCUGGAAGGAAGAAGUUGCAUGCAAGCUGGACUCAACGAAGAACUAG